GCGUAUCUCUGAACUGGCGACCGAUCGCCAGCUGAUUCCUGACCGCCGUACGAGAAUUGGAGCGAACGUCAAUUGUGCGGAGGGCUUCCUCGGCCCCGUUACGCCCGUACGUAUGUGUACGUACGCGUACCUUGAUGAGAACGUUGUCGAACGUGACAUCCGUUGACGCCGCUUUAUUAUCCAUACUAAUCGCGGCCGCGCGAACGAUUCCAUGUAUGCACAAGCGGGAGACGCACUGCGAUCGUUUGCUGUCACGACUGUAGCAGCGUGGGAGGAGGUCUCUUUAGAUCCGCCGCUUGCAAGUAGUCGGAUAUUGACACAUUACCAAUAUGGCGGUAAAGUAGAAAAUAAUGGGCUUGUGCAGUAUGCAUCGUGAUCUCAUUCAGUGAGAAUUUUCCCAGGUUAAUCAGAGACCUGUUUCCAGCAGCUAUAAUCAUGAUGCCAAGUUUACGGAAGAAAGUUGCUGGUUUCAUGCGCCAACUAUCUAUUAGCAACUUGGCUGGAGCGGUGGAGAAUAUUGGCCUUGGAGAACAAUCUCUUCGAAGCCCACGAUCAUUAACUCAGGAUUUUCCUGGUGGCUGCUUCAUCACACGCUAUCUGAAUGGGCUAGAAACAAAACAAGAAGGGCCUCCUAUUUUACACGGUCGAAAUCCAGAAGAAUUACCGAGUAGACAACUCGACAAUUUUCAAGAAAAUGAAGAAAUAUUUGCGGCCUAUACUGGUCCUGACAGUGGUCUUACAGCAGUUAAUCUUCAACAGAAGCACUUAAGUAUUAGUGAUACUGAUAUAGAUUAUAUUGAUAUGCUAGAUCAAAAUGAGCAAUAUAGAAGUGGAUCAACAACGUCAAACAUUACAGUUGCUGGAAUUACGGAUUGGUUUAAUCCUCAUGAAAACGCAUAUGGAAUUGCAACUACACUGUAUGAGAAAAAUCCUAUCAGUGAUACUAACAACGGAGAACCAAUAGCUGAUUGCUUUGGCGUUGUAGCAAGACCAAACUCUGCCAUAUUGGCUCUUGCAGAUGGUGUUAAUUGGGGUACAAAAGCUAGUAUAGCAGCUAGAUCCGCAGUCCAUGGAAGUAUAGAGUAUUUAAACCGGGCCUUGUUUUGCCCAUCUAUAAAUAGUGAGAUGACAACGACAAAAGAUGUAUUUGUAGCGUUACUUCGAUCAUUCCAUGCAGCACAUUCGUUAAUUCUUCAAGAACAAGGAAUGCUCACUACCUUAACAGUAUGCACGAUCCUUCCACUGCCAAAUUCAAACACUGACACAAAUAUACACCAGAAAAAAUAUAUUGCUUGUACCUGCAAUGUUGGUGAUAGUUUGGCCUAUGUAUAUUCGAGAAAAACUGGUGUGAGGGAGAUAACACGAGGUUCUCACGAUAUUCAUUGCAUGCGAGACAUGCGAGAUGCCUUAGGUGCUCUAGGCCCAGUAGAUGGCUCUAAUCCCGAAUUGAAUAACUUAACGCUGGCCGUAACGGAAGUUGAGGGGGGCGAUAUUGUAUUUCUGACAAGUGAUGGAAUUUCAGAUAAUUUUGAUCCUGUAGUGGGAAAAUUUGCAAUUUUACCUAAUCAUAGCAGUGGCGCCGAUGCCACGCUAAGGAGUCACGAGGCUAGAUCAAAAACACGUAGAAAAUCUGCAGAGAAUUUGCACACAGAGUCGAGUAAUAGUAAUGGGAAUAGCAACAAUCUACCGGUAGUUGAAGCUUAUCAAAGACACGAACUCACAUUGCUCAGAAUGGAGGAUCUGUUGCGGCGUGGAGUUUCUGGAGAAGGGCCGCCGUGCAAUAGUGCCAAACAUCUAUGUGAACUUCUUUUGGAUUUUGCAGUACGCAUAACUGCCGCGAAAAGACGGAUUCUGGAAGACACAGAAUUAUAUUAUGGACAAAAUAAAGAUGGUCAAUUGAUACAGCUUUCAAAGCAGGAGCAGAGAUCUCGAAGGAAAAGGACAUUGGAAAAGAUAUCUAUGAUACCUGGCAAGCUAGAUCAUGCAACAGUCGUAGCAUACUUAAUUGGUUCAUAAAUUUCUUCACAGUAUAACUUGUAAUUGAGGAUAGAGUGUAAUUUUUAUUUGUAUAAAAAUUAAAUUGAGAACUUUCUGUAUUAUAAUAUAU